ACUGCUGGCUGAGAGAAUCAAUCACUCGAAACCACGGAUUUGCAGAAGAUUUUAGUUCCAUGAAAAAAUAGUAAUCUUGACUCAUCAGAACUUGAUAUGAAAUUCAAGGUUUUUUGCUCCUUGGCAGUUCUCCUGCUGGCGGGUUAUGUUAGUGCUCACGAUCUGAAAGGCUUCGACGAUACUGUGCUGCACACGCUCGCCUGGCACGGCAAGGAUGAAUUGCUGACCAACGCUAUCGGAGACGAAGAGAUUAUCGUGGCGACCACAAACAAGGAAAAAUACAAAUGCAUAAUUCCCUCCAUUGCAACUAAAGAAACUGACGGAGAAGUCCAAUACAGUGGUCCGAGUCCGAUCGAUCUACUCAUUCCGCUAUUCACCCACUCCUGUUCGUACAGAAUCGAGAGCUAUUGGACCUACGAGGUUUGUCAUGGCAAUUACAUCAAGCAGUACCAUGAGGAGCGGCACGAAAAGACAAGCAAAUUACAAGAAUACUAUCUGGGUAGAUGGGACAAGCAGAAAACGGCCAAUCUGGAAGCUCUGUACGACAAAUCUGGGUCAGAAGAAGAAAAACUAAAGUACAAGAAAAUCGACGGAUUGAAUUUGCCUUAUUUGGAACUGGACAUGGACUCCGGUACCGUUUGCGACCUCAACGGAGAACCACGAGUUACGAAAGUACUUUACGUGUGCUAUCUGCACGGAAAGAACGAAGUCUAUUCUCUGAAGGAGACGUCCACAUGCAAUUACGAAGUUAUCAUUUUAACGCCAAUGUUGUGUGCCCAUCCGAAGUACAAGCCUCAGGAUAACGAAGAGAACAAAGUCAACUGUUACCCAUUGGGCAAUUCUCCAAAGAAGCCGAAAAACUUGCUGAUGAUGGAAAUCGAGAGUAUGAAGAUUAAAUACCAAAAACUUACGGACGUGCAUAAAAACAUUAAAGACGCUAUUGCAGUCAUUAAUUUCGACGAGGAUGGGCCAAUUAAGGUUGAACUGUUUUCGAAUGACGUACCAAUUGUUGAUAGCAUCAGUCGAAAAGGACUGUUAGAAAAUGAAAUUGGCGAGGAAGACAACACCAGUCCAAUGGAUUCAUUCGCGAAGAAAGCAAGAAAGUCGAAGGAACUGAAGCCGUUGCUGGAAUUUUUGGAUGGUGCCUAUUGUUUGACCGGGGGUUCAGGCUGGUGGAAGUUUGAAUUGUGCUACGGAAAACAGGUUCGUCAAUUCCAUGACGAAACUUCAAUAUUUCUUGGCUACUUCAAUAAGGAAAAACAUGUGGAAUGGCUAGAGAAGAAUCCGUCCAUUCGGAACAAACGUAAGAAUGAAAAUCAACUGAGCAAUUUCUACAGCGGGGGCGACGUUUGCGAUAAAACCCAACAGCCAAGGCAGGUCGAAGUGAAGCUCAAAUGCACCGAACAUUCAGCCAGUUCAAAUUCCAUUUCUCUAUACCUACUCGAGCCUCGGCCUUGUGAGUAUAUUUUGAAUGUGGAAUCGUCGCAAAUUUGCGACAUACUACCGUACGCCGAAGAAAAUAUGCUCCUACCGGAGAGUUUACAGAAACUGGAAGAGGAAACGCUGUACAUCAUCGAUAGCAGUAAUAUUAAUAAUUAAAUCAAAUGCGAAACGCCCUUGGGUCUAAAAUAAAUGCAUUUAGUUCUUAUACUCUACUGGUGUUGCUUUUGCCUCGGUGCUUAUUUUCACCGAAAGCUGAGCAAAAAGCUGAUCCCAUAUCCAUGGUUCGUCAGGUUCUUCAAUAUCCUCUUCAUUUUCCAGGCACUCCGUAAGAAUCGAUAUGUCGAUCUCAUCCAAAUUUCCCAAUGGGGACUUGCCGUGUGGAAAUAUAUCGGAACCAAGCUGUUUAUACGUUGUAACUCUGAAAAAUAAAACGCAUAAACACG